AUGUCGCGACACCGUAUUAAGGAUGUCGACUACGACGAUGAUGAUUUCUAUGACGAUGAGGACGCACCAGCUGACCCUGAGGAACAGGAGUUCUUGCAACAGUGUACUACCGCUGUUUUGCAACAGCUCGGUGCCGGGCAACCGUCAGUGACCGCCACAAAAGAAGAAGUGCAAGACGCAUUAUGGCACUACUACAAUGAUAUCGAGAAGUCGGUCAAUUAUUUGAAGGGAAAGAGAGAGAAGGAGGCUACGAAGCUGCAGAAAUCGAAGAUUCAACCAGUACCAGCAUACCCUGCUCCUCCUUCCACAGCACACUUCUCGGCUGCCGAUUUCUUUCGCGAUUCUCCCUGGCUCAACGUUCCCUCUCAUCGGAAAUCGGAAAUCCUGAUUGAGCCGCUUUAUCCACGUUUGGGGCUCUUGGGCGGUGCACCGGAGAGUGGUGGAAAACUGUCCAAAUUGGCCGCGCUAGCUGCAGCCCGGAAGAAGAAAGAGGGCGAUAAGGCACCAUCGCUGCCGGAGACUUCGACUCCAUCAACUCCCAAACUUGAACAACCAAAGAUGUCCUCGCUUGAUCAUUCGGGUACUUCGCGCUCUCUUCGUGACAGACUUGCAGCUAGCGGGAGGUCCACACCAAAAGCUUCAGAGAGUCCUGGGUCUCUCCGUCGUUUGGCAACGCCAAACUCCUCUUCGCAUCCGUCAUCGAAGCGGCCCGGAUCCGAGACCAGAAAUCCAUCUGUGUCUGAGGUCUCGGAAUCAAUGCAAAGUGUGGUACUUGAAGCGAAAGAAGAACCAGAACCCCAGCAAACAGUGCCUACCAUUCGAGCCUCGCCCUCACCAUUUGCCAGCACUAUCGUUGGCGCAGCAACCGGCCCGACAGCAGCUGAGCCCAGCCACUUACACUCCAGCUCAGACCUGUUGAGGAUCUAUGGACAGGAUCAUGCUGAACCUUUUGACUUUGCAGCGCCCAGCCCCGACGAUGUCGUUCUCAAUGCACAGAACACAGCGAAAGGAAUGAAGUCGAAAUCGGCCGCAUCGAAAUCGACAGUGGCGAAGAAAGGCCAGUCUGAUCUGGCAGGUGGCAUGAAGGACCUAUCAGUGGAAGACAAAGUGACCGUCAAGAGCAAGAAUCUUGAUGUUCUAUCAGAGUACAAGAAGUCCACCCGCAAGCGGUCCGCAAACUUUGUGGUUAUUGGUCAUGUUGAUGCUGGAAAGAGCACUCUCAUGGGACGGUUGUUAGCAGAUCAAGGUGCUAUCGACCAACGGACUCUAGAUAGGUAUCGGCGAGAGGCCGAGAAGAUCGGUAAGGGCUCAUUCGCCCUAGCCUGGGUCCUGGACCAAGGGUCAGAGGAGAGAGCACGAGGCGUGACAAUAGAUAUCGCCACCAAUCAGUUUGAGACCGACAAGACAGCCUUUACCAUUGUUGAUGCACCAGGUCACCGCGAUUUCGUCCCGAACAUGAUCGCUGGUGCCAGCCAGGCAGACUUUGCUGUUCUGGUCAUCGAUUCCAGUGUGGGCAAUUUCGAGUCGGGGUUGAAAGGUCAGACUAAGGAGCACGCUCUGCUGGUGCGCAGCAUGGGCGUUCAAAGGAUUGUGGUGGCUGUGAACAAGAUGGAUACCGUGCAAUGGGAUCACGAACGAUUCGAGGAGAUUGAACAGCAGAUCUCCGCGUUCUUGACAACCGCGGGCUUCCAGGACAGCAACAUUUCGUUUGUGCCGUGCUCGGGAGUUCUAGGAGACAAUAUUUCUCGACGGACUGACGACCCUCACGCAUCCUGGUACACAGGUCGCACAUUGAUUGAAGAACUGGAAACGUCGGAGCCAUACACACACGCCCUCGAAAAGCCUUUACGUAUGACGAUUGGUGAUGUCUUCCGAGGUGGCGUGCAAAAUCCACUUUCCAUCUCUGGCCGUAUCGACGCAGGCAGCUUGCAGAUGGGCGACCAUAUCCUGAUCAUGCCCAGUGGUGAAACAGCAAUAGUGCGCAGUUUGGAGGUGGACAGCGAACCGAGUGACUGGGCCGUGGCAGGUCAAAACGUCGUUUUAAACAUCGCCAAUAUCGACCCUAUUCACCUCCGUUCCGGUGACGUUGUCUGCCGUCCUUCUUCUCCCAUUCCUACCAUCACUUCUUUCACCGCCAAAGUUCUGGCCUUCGAACACCUGAUGCCCAUGCAAGUGGAUGUGCACCGUGGCCGUCUACAUGUACCUGGCCGCAUCAGCAAGCUGGUUGCCUCUCUGGACAAAGCGUCCGGAGCGGCUAUCAAGAAACGCCCAAAGAUUGUGGGCCCGGGUAUCGUGGCGCGUAUUGUGGUUGAAAUGGAUCAAGCUGUUCCUCUUGAGGCACCGACCAGGAUUGUCCUGCGCGCGGGAGGCUCGACGGUAGCUGCUGGUUUGUUAGAAUGA